UAUCAAUCGACCGUUCUAUCCGCCUCCAUAUUUGUCAUCUUUUGGAUCUUGCUAAUAUAUUAGGAGUCGUCUGUGGAAGAGUCAUGCAGUAUUCUUCUUUAUUGCAACUCUUCGUCUUCUUCAUUUCAUCACACAAUUCUGUAUCUCUCUCUCUCUCUCUCUCUCUUUCUCACACACACACAGAGACAGAGAGAGAGAGAUGGCGGGGCUGCAGAGAUCUGCUCAGACCUUCAGGAGGUCAGGCUCAUCUGGGUUGGUAUGGGAUGAGAGGUUCCUUUCAGGGGACCUGAAUCAGAUGAAGGAGGAGGAGGAAGGCUUGGAAUUCAGGGAGCUGAGGCACUCCCAAAGCGUGGGAUCGAUCCAGACGACGAAACGCGGCCGCAGCAAUGGCAUGCAGGCAUUCCGCGCCGUGCACGUCUCGCCUUCCAUGGAUCCACCUUCUCCUGAGGUCCACCGGUGCAUCAUCCUCUGUGGAAUUUUUGGAAGGAACAGGGGGACCAAGCCAGCGAAGCCUCGAAGGCAUUAA